GAUGAUGAAGAGGAAGCUCAGUCCUCACAGCUUCAUCAGAGACAAACUCAACACAUGGAAAGACAACAAUCUUUCUGUGAGGCUGCCUCACAAUAUAUCAAACAAGAAACUAAAGUUUUCGAUGACGAUUGGAAGGCGACCAGAGAACCUCAGUCAUCUUUAAACUCUCUGAAUAAUACUGAAGUCCCGGUAAGUCGUAUGACUGAUACUGCUGGUGAAAAACUGUUAAGCGGCUCUAAGUGUUGGAAAGGAUUUGGCCACAAGACACUUCUGAAGACCAGCACGAUCACAGAAAAGAUUCUGUUCAGCUGCAGCGUUUGUGACCAAAGUUUCACCUGGUACAAAGAGCUCAGGAACCAUCAGUGUGUUGGUGGUCGGAGUCAAACUGAGAACAGAGAGGCAGAGCCUCCAGCGAGCAGAGCACCUCAACACACGGAAACAGAAGCUGAUGGAGAGGAUUCUGGAGGACCAGAACCAGCCAGGAACUCACAUCCACUUUUACAACCAGAGACUGAAGACCAGACGGGAGACUGUAUUGACAGUGCUGUCGGUGAUGAGAGAUGUAGUGCUGGUGAGAAAUCAUUUAUCUGCUCUGAGUGUGGGAAAAGAUUUGACACCCAGACAAAUCUAAGGAUCCACAUAAGAACUCAUGCAGGAGAAAAACCUUUCAGCUGCUCACACUGUAAGAAAUCCUUUACACAGAAAGGCAAUUUGCAGAAACACAUGGUAAUCCAUACAGGAAAGAGACUACAUAGUUGUUCCGUUUGUGGUCAAAAAUUCUUGUACAAGGACCAUGUUACUUCACACAUGAAAUCGCACACAAGAAAAGGAGCUUUCAGCUACUCAUUCUCUGAGAAAUCUUUUUCGCAGAGUGGAAUCUUGCAGAGACAGUCAAAUCACUUGAAAAAUCGCACUGGAGAAAACUCAUUUGGUUGUUCUGUCUGCGGUGACAGAUUUUCAUAUAAGUCACAUCUGACAUCGCACAUGGCCGUCCACAUGAGAGAGAAACGAUUCAGCUGCAGUGUUUGUGAAGAAAGAUUCACUUCGCAUUCACAGAUCGAAACGCAUGAAUGUGUCGGCCGUCAGUCGUCGCAGAUUCAUCCGAGUCAAACGGAGGAGAAGAGAGAGGCAGAGCCUCCAGCCAGCAGAGAAACUCAACACAUGGUAACAGAAGCUGAUGGAGAGAGGAGCUCUUUGAACUGGUGA